UAUACGUAUCUUACAAUUUUGACAUAUAUUAUUGAUUCCGAGAUGAAGAAAGCUAGGUCAAAUUCAUUUAAAUACGAUUUUUUCAUUAUAUAUGCAAAUUUCUCAAAACCAAUAGGACCACACGGUUAACAGACUCGUGAAGACAACGCGGAAUAGGUCAACUGUCAACAGUCCCACCCGACAUCGUUAAAACCCGGGUUGACCCACCAACCGACCCGAAUCAUUUAACCAUAUUUGACGGGUACACCCACAUCUCCAUUGUCUUCUUCAUGCAACUUCGUUCACAAUCAGCCUUGAUCACACGCCAUAUCUUUCUUUAUACCUACUUUCUUUCUUAAUCCAACAACAAAACCCUAAAUUGGAUCAACCAUGAAUCAUCAAAACUCAUCAUCAUCAUCAUAUUACAAUUAUCACCAAUCAGACUUCCAAAACCCUAAUCCCCAAUUCGAUCAUUUCACAUCUGCAAUCACCGCCUCUGCCCCUCCAGAUCCUUCCAUGUACUAUUCACCCGAUUAUUCAUCUAAUUACUUCCCUACCGAUCCUCACAAUCCAACGCCUCAUACUUCUGGUUUGAGUAAUCCGAGUUACGAUCCCAAUUCGAUAAGUUAUUGGAAUCAGAAUCAGAAUCAGAUGGAGGUUAGGUUUGAUGAUUAUGGAAGACCUAUAAGUUCUUCUGCUGCUACUGCUGGAAAUAAUGAUAGUGUUGAUCAUCAUCAAGGUGGUUAUGGUUAUGGUUAUAGUGGAGGUCAUAAUGUUGGGAAUGAUCGGUCUCCUGUGGUUCGGUUUGAUGAUUAUGGGAGGCCUAUAAGUUAUGGUGAUGAGAGCGGGAAGGAGCGGAGGGGUUCGGCGGAUGGUGAUAAGGUUUUGAAAGCUGCGGAGGCGAAAGAGGAGUGGAGUGGAGUGCAGAAGUUCAGAGUGGUUCUUCUUUCGGAAGGGGGUGGAGGAGAUACGGAUGUGCUAUGUCAGAUUGGUUUAGAUGGUAUUCAGAUACUUGAUCCCGCAACAAGUCGAACACUGAAAGUAUAUUCACUUGAGGCCGUAACAAAGUGGGAGGUAUUGGAUUCAAAUAUAUUUGCUUUUUGGACCAAAAGUUCCGUUGACAUCAAUCCAAGACGUGUUAGAUUAAAGUCCAACAGUUAUACCACAACCAAAAUUCUUGACACGGUGGCUGCUGCAAGCUUUCAGUUCAAGGAGAUGGAUGGAGUGACAAUCUCCGAACAACAACCAGCCGAGAAGAAAAAAGGCUUCCCCGAUUGGAUAAACUUGAUGAAGCCCACCAAUGAGGAGAAAGAUCAUUGGGUUCCAGAUGAAGCAUCCACUAAGUGCACAGCAUGCAGCGCGUAUUUUGGAGCUUUUGUGCGACGGCAUCACUGUAGAAAUUGUGGUGAUAUUUUUUGUGAUAAGUGCACUCAAGGUAGAAUUGCUCUCACGGCAGAAGAGAACGCUCAACAAGUUCGAGUUUGUGACCAAUGCCUGGCGGAAGUUACUCAAAGGUUAAGUCAUGUAAAUGAGGUAGCUGGUAGAUCUUCUGGCUUCAAUAGACAUGAGGAUCUUGCAAAGAAACUUCAGGAGGAGAUGGAAAAGAAGCGCAAAACAACAGCGGAAUUGAACUCCAAUGUGCCACGUCAGCAAAUGAAAGAUGUGGAAUGUCCAACUUGUACAGUCCAUUUGCAGGUUGAAGUUCCUGCUAACGGAUCAAAAACCAUAGAAUGCAGUGUUUGCCAGCAUCCUUUCCUUGUGCGUGACUACUGAGCGUCUUUGCCCACUUCGGGUACGUUAAAAGAGGUUACUUUAUAUAGAUUCAUUCAUACGGAAUAUGUUAUCUUGGUGUGAAUAUAAACUUGUAAUAACAUUGUUUAUUUGAUCCUUUCAUAGUAAAAUCUAUAUUGUGUUUAUUUGAUCCUUUCUUGUGUUUAUGCCCAAAUGAUGUUGCAUGCUAUUAUACAUGAUUUACAUUAUAUUGUGUA